GGACAGCUCACUGACAGGCCUGGGGCCCCGCUGGAACAAGGAACCAAGCCCGAAGUUGGCUUAGCUGCCGAGGUGACCAGGGGUGUGGAACAGAGGCCUGGGGGUGUAGACGGGGGUGUGGACCAGCUCCCACCGCAGGCCAGUUUGCCAUUCGAGGUACAGGGACCAGGGCCCUGCCACUACCCCCGGGGGAUGCCCAGAGGAGGGAGCCCUGAGCCUGGCAUAGACACAGCCCUCCCCUGUGGGUGCUCGCUGCCCCCUCCGUGCGGCCCCGACGUCCGCGAGCAGCACUUGUGGGCAGUGCGGGCCGGGUGGUGGUUCCCGCUGGGGGUGGACAUGACGAGCCCCGCCUGGGGUGUUCCCCCUGCCCCUCCCUGCCCUGUGGCCUCAGCCUCCCAAGGGGUGGGGGGCGGGUAACAGACUGGGAGCUGAGUCCCUACCCCAUUCUGAAGGCUGAGCACUUGGAGGUGGGAGUACUCCACAUUAAGGGGACGCCAGGAUCGGGGACUCCAGGAUCGGGGUUAGGCUCUGGGGUGAGCUGUCCCAGAAGGCCGCCCUCAGGAGCGAGCCCCUUCUUCACCUCUCUCUUAACAGGGAAUUGGUAUCCCCCCCGCUCCCCCGGGGCCUAUCUGCAGGAAUGCCCCUUCCAGCCCCUUUGUCCCUCCCACAGUCAAAGCCCUGGCCCUGAAAGUCCUAUCCUUUGGCUGGGAAUAGACCCCUCCCCUUGGAGGUGGAGCUGGGAAGCUGGCGCCUGAUCAGCCUCUCCCCUGGGCGCCCCCAGCUCAGCUCUGGGUGGGCAGCCAGGGUGGACCAGAGGACAGGAGAGGGGCUGGAGCGCCCUAGGGGUGCUGGGAGUGGUGGGCAGGACCACCGCGUGCCCAUCUGAGUGGGGGGAAGAUACCCGCGGGCCCUCUUUUGGGCUGAACCUCCUGGGACAGAGGAGCUCCCGGAGGACCCAGCUCUGGCAGGGGCCCCUCCCGGCUUCAGGAGGUGGGAAGGGAUGGUGGGACCCGGUGACAUGGGCACCGUCCCCCUCUUGUUGGACUGGACGCUCAGCUCCUGGGGCGUGGUGGGCGCCCACACGUUCUGACCCUCACCUGGUCUCCUCGGGCCACCGCGCCCUUGCCUCCCCAUUUUCGGGAAUCUGUGGUGGGGGGUGGGAUGGAGGAGAAGGCGCUGGAAAGGGAGGGUGUCUGGUUGCAGCAGGGUGGGUACCUAAAUAACCUGCGGGCAGCGGAGGGUAGCGCCCUCCCCCCCAGAGGCGGGAAUGCCACGAUGAGGGGAUUCCUCUCUGCAGCUCUGCCCUGCUGGGAAGGGCUGCGUGGCCUUACCCACCUGAUGGGGGGGAGGCCUAGCCCCCGCGCCCUGACUCUCCCUCCCUGGUGUUCCCCCACCCAGCCAGAGGGAACUGGUGAAUGCUGGUUGGUGCAGGCAGAUGAGGGGUCCCUCCAAGGCCCCCUGGAGGCCUCCUGGUCCAAGGGCCCCCAAGACUUGAGUGGCAGUAGGCCACCUGUGCUGGGAGGCAUAGCUGGCUAAGGUGGUCUUUAUUGUGAGGUGUGCAGGCCCCCACACCUGGGUUGGAGGUCGGGCUCGGCUCUAAGUUUCAGAGGCGGUGAUGGGCUUUUCAGGUGCAUGCCUACACCGCCAUUUCUGCAGCCAAGGUGUAGCCGGGGGGGCCCCCCCGCCCUUGCCUUACACAGGUGGCCCACAGCCCCCCUGGAGGGAGAGUUCUCACUCCUGCCUUCCCCAAAUCCUGGCCUUGAGAAAGCCCCAGUUACCCAGCCUCGGGCCUCCCGUUGCGAGGAGAGACUUCAGGAGCUGUUGGGAAACAGGUGGGAAGUGUUCUGUGUCCUGUCUCCCCCAGCUGGGUGGCCCAGGCACCCCCAUGCUGAGCGCCGGGGCACCUCCUCAAACGUUAGCGCCCGAAGUGCCCUGCUAUUCCAUUUUGCAGAUGGCAAAAGUGAGGCUCCACAAAGCGCCUUGCCAAGGACUAGCAAGACUCAGCUCUCACCUUUCCCCCAGGGGCCAGUGUCUGCGUGGCGCCUGCCAGGUGCCGGGUCCGGGGUGGGUGUGAGGGGGUGCCAGGACGGGGGACUCGUCCCAGGGCCGUGGCUCCACGGCGGGAGGGGCGGCGGGAGGCUCGGAGGCGGCUUCUCAGGGCGGGAGCCACGCUGGGGAAACGGAAGUUCAGCGGGGUGUUGACAGGCUUGCCCAAGAGCACGGAUCCGGGAAGGAGCACAGAGAGCGGGUUACCAGCACCCCGUAGUGGGAGGCUGAGCUCCGGGGUACCGAACAGGUUAGACUGACUGUCCUUCGGUCCUGGGACUGCCCUCCACCCGUCCCCGCCUUAAGGAGGCAGCAGGGACCCCGCCCAGAGCAGCCGGAGUCAGGCCGCGCAGACCGAGCCCUCCGGCCAUGGGCGGUGCAGUGGUGGAUGACAGCCCGACAGGAGUCCCGGCCCCUGACGGGGGCUGGGGCUGGGCCGUGCUCUUCGGUGGCUUUGUCAUCACCGGCUUCUCCUACGCCUUCCCCAAGGCGGUCAGCGUCUUCUUCAAGGAGCUCAUGAAGGAGUUUGAGAUUGGCUACAGCGAUGCGGCCUGGAUCUCCUCCAUCCUGCUGGCCAUGCUCUACGGCACCGGUCCCCUGUGCAGCGUGUGCGUGAACCGCUUCGGCUGCCGGCCGGUGAUGUUUGUGGGCGGCCUCUUCGCGUCCCUGGGCAUGGUGGCCGCGUCCUUCUGCAGAAGCAUCAUAGAGGUCUACCUCACCACUGGGGUCAUUACCGGCCUCGGCCUGGCGCUCAAUUUCCAGCCGUCACUCAUCAUGCUGAACCGCUACUUCGACAAGCGGCGCCCGCUGGCCAACGGGCUGGCGGCCGCGGGCAGCCCGGUGUUCCUGUGCGCCCUGUCCCCGCUGGGCCAGCUGCUGCAGGACCACUACGGGUGGCGCGGCGGCUUCCUCAUCCUGGGUGGCCUGCUGCUCAACUGCUGCGUGUGCGCCGCGCUCAUGAGGCCCCUGGAGCCGCCCCGGAAGGCGGGCGUCGAGGUGGCACCCCGCCGGCCGGCGCGGCGGCUGCUGGACUUCAGCGUCUUCCGGGACCGCGGCUUCGUCAUCUACGCGCUGGCUGCCUCCAUCAUGGUGCUGGGGCUCUUCGUGCCGCCCGUGUUUGUGGUGAGCUACGCCAAGGACAUGGGCACGCCUGACACGCAGGCCGCCUUCCUGCUCACGGUGCUGGGCUUCAUCGACAUCUUCGCGCGGCCCACCGCCGGCCUCAUCACCGGGCUGCAGCGCGUGCGGCCCUACUCCGUCUACCUCUUCAGCUUCGCCAUGUUCUUCAACGCCGUGGCCGACCUGGGGGGCUCCACGGCCACCAGCUACGGUGGCCUGGUGGUCUUCUGUAUCUUCUUUGGCAUCUCCUAUGGCAUGGUGGGCGCCCUGCAGUUCGAGGUGCUCAUGGCCAUCGUGGGCACCCAGAAGUUCUCCAGCGCCAUCGGGCUGGUGCUGCUGCUGGAGGCCAUGGCCGUGCUGAUUGGGCCGCCCUCCGGGGGCAAGCUCCUGGACGCCACGCACGUCUACCAGUACGUGUUCAUCCUGGCGGGGGCCGAGGUGCUCUGCGCCUCCCUCGUCCUGCUGCUGGGCAACUUUUUGUACAGGAAGACGGGGCCCGCGGAGACGCCCGCCAGCGAGGCGGCCACGGCCGGGGAGGAGCUCAAGCAGACCCCCGCAGACGGGCCGGUGGACGCCCGGGAAGUGGAGUGCUUCCUCAAGGGAGAGCCUGAGAAAAACGGGGAGGCCAUCGCCAACCCCGAAACGAGCGUCUGAGGGGGCCGCGGCGGGGCAGGAGGAGGGAGGAGGCCCGGAGACUGUGAGGUGUGGAUGGUGGGUGUCCCAGGAGAGCCCACGGACAUCUGCUGACCUCAGCGAUGAGGAGGGGUGCCAAACAGGGACCCAGGUCCCUGCAGGCCAGUCCCUGAGCAAAGCUAAGAUGGAGCCGACUU